CCUUCAACGGAUGACGCUCACACCCAAAUCCAAAUCCAGUUUCCUCCAGAUGAUCAUGAUCAUCAACUCCUCCAACAUCAAAUGCCAUUACUUCUCCAACCAUCCUAUGCAAGAUCAAAAUCUUCACUUUUUGAUGACUUGCGCAACUUUCGAAUUAGUCUCAAAUGGUGUGCACUCGAUCAUUCUUCCUGCGCUGGAAAAUUAGUCUCCUACUUUGUUUUCUUCUUCCUCACCAUUAUCGUCCCCAUCGUAAGCUGUCUCUCCGUAAAAACCCAACCUGCCGACGACUACUCCUUCUCCUUCAACCUUCUCGCUCAGUUCCCCGAGUCAGGACUAGCCGCAAUCGCUUUCUUAACUCUUCUUCGUUUCUUCAAAAAAUACGGUCUCCGUCAACUCUUGUUCCUCGACGGCCUCCAGGACGACUCUAUACUUGUCCGGCGAGGAUAUACUCGUGAACUCGACAGGGCGUUUCGUUACUUGGCCUGCAUUCUUCUACCCUCCUUCUUCGUCGAGCUCGCUCACAAGAUCAUAUUCUUCUCCUCUGUGAAAAUAUCACUGCCUUACGUGAACAUCAGUUCUGGGUUUCCUUUGAAUUCCACCAUGUUUGUGCUGGUUCUGGUUUCGUGGGUUUACCGAACAGGAGUUUUCUUGCUCGUUUGCGUGCUCUUCCGGUUAACUUGUGAGUUACAGAUUCUGAGAUUCGGAGGACUGCACAAGAUGUUCGAGGGACGUGGGUCGGAUGUGGGAGUGAUAUUUAGGGAGCAUGUAAGAAUCAAGAAACAGUUAUCAGCUACCAGUCAUAGGUAUCGGUUCUUCAUUAUUACGUGCUCUGUUGUGAUCACUGUCAGUCAAUUUGCAGCCUUGUUACUGGUUCUCAUUCCCAAGUCCGAUAAAAGCUUCCUGAAUUCCGGUGAUCUCGUGGUGUGUUCGGCGGCGCAGCUGAGUGGGUUCUUCUUGUGCUUGUUGGGUGCGGCGAGAAUCACACACAGAGCGCAGGGCAUAGUGUCGGUGGCAACCAGAUGGCACAUGAGCGUCUCAUGUGGCUCCUCCGCCGGAUCAGACGAACCCAAACUUCAUGUUCCACGAGACUCAGACGGCGGAGAUACCGACUCUGAUUCCUCUGACAUUUUCCCUUGUACGGUGUCAUCACAAGACUCUGCCUUUUACCAAACCAGGCAAGCUCUAGUUGAUUAUCUUCGACACAACAAUGGGGGGAUUACACUGUAUGGAUAUGCACUGGAUCGUGGACUGCUUCAUACGCUGUUUGCAUUUGAGUUCUCUUUGGUGAUGUGGAUACUGAGUAAGGUGGUAGUUUUGUCUUAGCCAGAUCCUUGCGUCUUGGGAUUUCUUCUCUACCUUUCUUUUUUGCGUGGCAAUCAUCAUGUACAAAUUUAAGAUAAAUGAAGACUUAAAAUCAUUAGAUAGACGAUAAUAUGGAGUGAAAAUAUUGAACUGGAACUGCAAGUGCUUGUUUUAAUUUGUGAUUAUGAAUAUUGAAUAAACAAACAUAUGCAAACCCAGGCCAGAAGAAGAAGAAGAAGAAGAAG